AUCUGAGCAUCAUCCCCCAAGAGAUGACGGGGUGCAACGAUGGUCAUCGUGAGGACAGCGUCUGAUGGAGCUCUUCAGGCAGAAGCGGGAGCAAGAAGUGGCCAGAACCGCCCUCGAGAGCACCAGGCCGCAGACACGGCAACCACCGCAGCCACCGCAGCCACCACAGCCACCGCAGCCACCUCAGCCACCUCAGCCACCCGCACGAAUAGCUAAGCAGCGCGACGGCUGCGAGACCAUCCUCACCGGCUGCGGCCGUGGUCUGGCGCGGCUCUUCACCCGAUGGGGCGCUCUGUCUGGCCGCGCACCUCUGGUCCUGCUGGCGGUGGCAUUUGUGGUUGGAGUGCUGUGUUGGAUCCCUCUGGCGGGCAUCGAGGAGUACACCGACUGGCAGAAGCUCUACUACCCGCAGAACACCCUCUCGCAAAAGCACAAGGGCAUCUACGAGAAGGCCUGGGGGCCGCCGCAGAUGAUCUUCUCCUCGGUGGUGCUCACUCCCGUAGGACCGCCCAACGCCGGCAACAGCAGCGCCACCACCGAAGGCAAGAAUCGGACUACUGUGGUUGGAGUCAGUGACUUCAAGAACGUUUUGACGGCGGAGGCCUUCAGCGCAGCCAUGUCGAUCUAUAUGCGGCUGACGAAUGCGACGGUGCAAUCGCCCUCUCAUCCCGGCAAGAGCAUCACCUUCACCGACGUGUGCAGCCCGCCGCAGUGUGUGGUGCUGUCGGUGUUCUCCCUCUGGGCCAUGGUGUGGGGCGGGGAGGGCUCCGACACCAACAACGGCACCAGCCUCGACACAGGCUACCCCUUGCCAGUGUCGACGGAGCAGCUGCUGGCCCAGCUCAACAACCCCAUCAUGCGCGACCCCACGACCAAGGGUCCACUCCGCGACAGCCCUGCCGUCCGGCAGGUGCUCGGGGGCGUCCAGACGGACCCCCAAACAGGCGAGUUGGUGGGUGCCAAGGCCUUUCGGCUCCUGUUCCUCAUGGAUGGCUCAACCGAGGCCAAAGUUGCCAAAGCGCACGCAUGGGAACAGGGGCUUAUCGACGCCGUUAUGGACGGGGAGCAGGCCGGACAGUGGGCCGACAGGGGCUUCCGGGCGUUUGUGUGGGCAGACCGGUCCUUCGAGGAGCUGAUGCAGACGGGAGGCGUCGACGCGGCCCUGCUGGCUCUCGCCUUUGUGUUCUUGUCGCUCUAUGUUGUGGCCGUCAACGGAGACUGGAAGACCGGGGGAGCCGUGCGCUCGCAAGUCGGCAUGGUCAGGCAUGUCAUCUCUCGGCCAGAUGGGCUUCAUAUCUCUCACGUGUGUGUGUGUGUGUGUGGUGUGUAUGUUAUGAUAUGAGACCACCAUGCAGGCGCUAGGUGGUAUCGUAUGUGUGUUAGUGUCGAUAGGGUGUGGGUUCGGCCUGACGGUGCUCAUCGGCUUCCCCUGGAUCCCACUCGUCGGUGUCGCGCCCUUCGUCGUAUUCGGCGUCGGCAUAGACGAUGUCCUCGUCAUGUAAGCUCAGCUCCACCAGACAGACACACACAGGCGCCGAUCUCACGGUACGGUGCCUAGAAAUCCCCCUGCUGUCGGUCGUCAGGCUUCGCACGUUUCGGGAGACGUCUGCGUCGCUUUCCCCGACGGCUCGCGUGUGCGAGACUUUGGCUGUGUGCGGGGGUUCGAUCUUCAUGACCUCAGUGACAGACGUGGUGGCCUUUGUGGUUGGGGCGACGUCGUCAUUCCCGUGCGUCAAGAUCUUCUGCAUGUACUGCGGCAUCACACUCGCUGCCGCCUUCCUGCUCGAGGUAGGUCAGCCAGCCGCGGAACAAACAAACAGCACACAGAGCCGGAUGGCCGGCCCAUCAUAUCAUUCAGAGGAUGUGUGUGUGGUGUGUGUGUCGACGUGAUGCAUUUCAUUCAGUGCACGUUCUUCGUGGCGUUGCUGCACCUGGAUGCUCGAAGGCAGGCGGCCAACAGGUGAGUGACAUGAGGCAGGAUCUGGUCGGUCGUUGGAGACGCCCUUUCUUUCCCUUGCCUCCGUACCCUGGGUGCGUUCAUCUCAUCAGGCGCGACAUUGUUUACUGCUUCACCCCCGCCAAGACGUCGCCCGACGAGACGUCCAUCCUCGACGGCGGCAAGGACAACGACACCGCCUCGAGCGACACCGUACCGCCGCCAUCCGUCGACAAACACCCACACCCACACCCACACCAGCAUCAGCACAUCAUCACACACACCAGCCAGCCGCCCGCAUCCACGCCCACAUUGGCCGCCGGGAAGCCCGGCAAGCUCAUCAGGGUCGGCAUCGGCCGUGCGCGUCGGUGUCUGUGUGUGGAUGGGCCGCAUUUGGAUUUGAACGAGAUGGUGGAGCGGCUCCUGGGCCACUACCUGGUCGAGGCACUCGAUCGCUCGCGGGGCAGACUCAUUCUCAGCAUCGUUUUCCUAGCAAUCGUCUUCACAGGUAGGUACAGACAGACGCGGAGGGCAGGGGGGAAGCUUGGCUUGGCUUGGCUGGAUGUGAUGUGUCUGGUUGUCUGUCGCUCAUCAAUAAUCAGGUUUUGGGGGUCUGUUCUCCCUGAAUGUUGAUUUGAAGAACAUCGACCUGGUGCCGGAGGACUCCUACCUGCACGACGCCAUACUUGCACACGAGGUGGGUGGCCUCGACAAGACAAGGCAGCCUACCCACGCCAUGCCAUGUCACCCGUCGCAUCCAUCACUCGUCCUUGCGUCUCUGUGUGUGUGUUGGCAGGAUUACUUUGCUGACGUGCUGACGGUGCAUGACGUGGCCAUCGACCUGGCAGGGCUGCCCUUCCAGGACCUCCGCACUCGACAAGAGAUAGAGGACCUCACUCUGCGGCUGGAGGCGUCUCAGUUCACCAACCACCAUCCCGCAUUCAAGGUCAGUGAGUCACUCAAGAGCCGACAAUUCAGCUUGCCCUGUUUGUAGCGCCGGUGUAUGUCUGUGUGUCUGUCGACCCCCCCAAUCCAAUCAGACCCGUAGUUUGUUCCGCGAUUUCGAGAAGUGGGAGGAGCGUCGGAUAUGGCUGUCAGAGAUGGACGACUCGGUCAUGGACGAGCCCCUCCCCGACACAUGGCCGGCCUUCCUCAACGACACCAUGGCCAAGCUCAACCAGCUCCCCGACGCACUCACCCUCCCCGGCUCCACACUCACCGCCGGCCGUGCCAAGAACAUCCUCAAGGCCACCGAGCAGCGCACCAAGGAGGAGGGCAAGCUGCCCCCCCAGGCCAAGAAGCUCCUGGACGACGCCAAGUCGGGGGAGAACACUGACAUGCUCACCCAGCUCUCGUGGGUGGCCUCCAUGUUUGUCGAGGAUCCCUCCGCCGACAAUGCGUCGGAUGGCUUCCUCGCCAUCGCAUCCGUCUCGUCGACCAAUGGCAAUGACAGCAAGGCCGGGGACGACGCGGCCGUCAACGCCACCAAAGGCGGCAGCGGGCCGAAGGGGCAGAGCUUCGAGACCGCCAUGAAGAAGUUCCUCGAUAACCCACGAUACAACGUGAGAGACAGACGGACAGUGGGUUUGUCGACCAACUUGGCGGGAUGGAUGGAUUUGUGGGAUUUGGUGGUUGCGUGUCUGGUUCAUUCAGCAUUAUGCGCGAGACAUUCACUGGGAGAAGGACGGCAAGGGUAACGAUCGCGUCAGGCGGGCCCGGUUCACCAUAUGCACCAAGGCUCUCUCCGGCUGGGGGGACGGGACAGACAAGGUAGAUAGACGGGAGACAGACAGAUGUGCACUACACUACAACCCAUUCAUUUGUACCCCUCCAUAUGUCCUCUCCCUGCCUCCCCCCCACCUUGUUCGGCAAACCAGGGUCAGAUGAUGCUGGACUAUCGUCGGAUCAUAGGCGACUCCUCCCUCCACGACGACGCCUUCGCGUACAACCCCUCGUUCUUCUUCUACGAGAGAAACAUUUCCGUCCUGCCAAUGGUAACCACGCAAUGGAUGGAUGGAUGGGUUGAUGGAGGCAUGAACGUGACAACGCCUCUGUGUCUGUGUGGGGUGGACUGACUCAGACGAUAUGGAACCUGGUGGUGGUGGCGGCUGCCGUGGUGAUCGUCACCUUCCUGUUUAUCCCCGACCCUGCCGUCGUCUUCAUCGUCCUGGUCAGACACACACACACACAGACACAGAGACAGAGAGAGAGAGAGAGAGAGGCAUCUACCUACAUGUGUGUAUGUGCGUGUGCAGCUGAUGCUGGUGCUGCUUGACGUCGAGUUGCUGGGGAUGAUGAGCUUCUGGGGCAUCGAUCUCAACUUCAUCUCGCUCAUCAACCUCGUCAUGGCCACAGGAUUCGCCGUCGACUACAUCGCCCACGUGGCACACGCCUUCGUGCAGCACAAGGGGCCGCCCAAGGAGCGCCUGCAACACGCACUCAAGGGAAUGGGCGUCGCUGUCGCACACGGUCAGAUAGACCCACGUGGCUGAGCUGAGACACACGGGGGAGCUGACCGACCUUGAUGGCCAUUUCUGUGUGAGGGUGUGUGUGCAGGUGGCAUCUCUACGUUGUGUGCGAUGAUGCCGGUGGGUCUGUCGUCUGCCUACCUAUUCCGCCUGUUCUUCAGGAUGUUUAUCCUCACAUGUUUCCUCGGACUAGGUACGUACGCUGCCUCGAUCGCUGUCUAGUCUACCCCCUUCCCCUCUCAUCUGCCGUUUGCCGUUUGUUGUCUGCCAUGCAUACUGUCCCGUGCAGCCCAUGGCCUUCUGUUCCUGCCUUUGGUGCUGUCUCUGGUGCGCGCCAAGGGCCACACCGUCUGCACCCGACGAUCCAAAGGCAAGAGGGCUCUGAAACGACCAGCACUCAAGGACGGCACCAUCGCCUCCUCUCUCUCUCGCCGUGACGUCACUCCCGCCACCCCCGACGUUGACGAGAUCGACGGCUACUCGACCAAGGACACCACCUCAGUCACGUCGGCCAAGGCAUGUGUGGAGGAGGCCCGCAUGGAGGCGGCCACAGACCACGAGCAGGCCAUCCUCCCGCCGCGUGUGGUGGACGAGCGGCCCUCGGAUCAGUCUUCGUUUGUGGGGGAGCCUGAGCAGGAGUCGGUGGUGGGUGAGGGUGAGGGCGAGGGCGAGAGACAGGACAUGGAUGCCGUGUGUGUGACGCCGAGGGACCCGUCGACCAUUGUGUGUCCGUCCGACCACGGCACAACGGUGUCGGUGCCGCCCCUGACACUGAGGAUGGAGCGGCCGGCCAUCCCUUCGCCCCUGCUGCCCCCGCCAUCCAUCGCCUUGUCUGAUGCCGAUGACGACGACUCCGAUGAUGAGGACGAUGACGCCCCCUCCCCGCCCUCCAACUGCCCCGACACCCCGUCGGCCAUCUUCUCGGCCCUCGUCUCGCCCAUCCACCGCAGCAGCAGGUCGAGGCGGCAUGUGACAGCCACCUCGCCAGUGGUCCUGUCCUACCUGCGCAAUGCCGUCGACCGUGACGCCAGCCAGCCGCUGCCCAUCCACCUGUCCUCCCCGGCGCUUCCCUGCAAGAGCCGUGUGAGGCGCCACAGGAGGUAUAGGAGGGAGGACGUGCCCGAGAUCGCCCUGCCGCCAUGUGUGGUGGAGGAGAGCACCACCGAGGUGGCCAACUCGGGUUGGGCCAACGACACUGGUGGUGCAGCAUCAGCAUUGGCCCUGCAGCCGGCUGCCCGUCUCGAGGGCCGACACCGAAGGCGACGCGCCAGUCGCGCCAUGCUCGAGGACGGCCAUCCUCCUGUUGAGGGCGAGGGUGGCAAGACCGACAAGAGGCACAAGAAGCAUCGAAAGGACUCGAGGCGGCGGCAUCGCAGUGUGGAUGUCGUUGUGCGGUGGGACGCCAACUCGGCUGAGCCGCGACCCGUGACGCCACGACCGCCAAGACGCAGCAGGACACGGGGGAGGGAAAAGGGCAAAGGGAGGGGAGACGGCGGCACCAAGGCCAAUAACACCAAGAAUAAUGAAAAUGUGACGUCAGGCGGUGAGGAAGGGCCGACUGCGGCGCAUGCAGAGGGAGGCAUGGCGGAGAGGUGCCAUGAUGUCACUGCAGAUGUGUGGGACGUGUGACUUGAGCGAGUGAACACAGAUGACGUGAUUGAUGUGUGAAUGUGUGAAGGAUGCGGGAAGGGAGGGCAUGCGUACUUACUGGCUGACAUACAUACGUGUAUGGGUGGGUGUAUAGACAGGCGGGUGAGUGAGUGCAUAGUGAGUGAGUGCAUUGACGGACGGACGGACGGACGGACGGAUGGACGGAGGAGGCAGCAUCAUAUCAUGACCAUGACAGGCAAGGCAGGUGCUGGAUGCAUAUCAUGUCUCUCUCUCUCUCUCUCUUCUAUUUCUAUGUGCGUGGCUGGCUGGCUGCAUAACAUGUGUGUGUCCAUUAAUUGUCUGUCCAGUGUGUUUGGUCUUGGGUGCAUGUCUACAGUACACAGUGGACAAGCUAAUCGACUGGCUGGCUGACUUCGGCGGAGGGGGGGGGGUAGGUGAGGUUCCGUGUGGUUGGUGUCUUGUGAAUGAAUGCAGAGAGAGAGAGAGGUGCGUGCGGCUGCCGCCACAGAGCUCGCUCACGCGUCAGUCACGAUGGGUGCAGGCAUGCAUUUGUUGACCGACCAGCAGACUUACAUUUGACAAUUGCAAUAGACUGUCAUUGAC